UUAUGUUGAGUGUUUUCCCCCAGAGUUUGUGUCAAAAACGUGUCUGUUUGACGGAGUUCGUGUAGAGAAAACAGUUUGUGUGAUUGUGUGAAGAUGUCUAAGGUCCAAAUGCUGAGAGCGUCGGUGAAGCAGCGACUAACCGCGGCUGCUGAAGAGAUAUUUGGGCUGUUUGAAAGAACGAUAGCAGAGUACGAGGAGGAACGGUGUCGGUCAAAAGAGGAGAACGAGCGACAACGGAAACUUCUGGACGCUGUUUUCACCCCUCAGCUUCGGUUACGCAGGACAGAUGUCCAGCACCUGUCGGUGAGUAAAGAAGAGGUUCCCCCUGAGCAGCGGGAGUGGAGCCCCAGUCUGGACCAGCAGCACCCAGAGGCCCCACACAUUAAAGAGGAACAGGAGGAACUCUGGAUCAGUCAGGAGAGAGAGCAGCUUCAAGGGCUGGAGGAGGCUGAUAUCACCAAGUUCCCAUUCACUCCUGUCCCUGUGAAGAGUGAAGAUGAUGAAGAGAAACCUCAGCCCUCACAGCUUCAUCAAAGACAACCUGAACAGAUGGAAACAGAAGCUGAUGGAGAGGACUGUGGAGGACCAGAACCAGCCAGGAAAUCAGAUCCAGAUAUAGAUUUACAUAUAAAUACUGAAGACCAGACUGGAGACUCUUCUGAACCUGAGACUGAUGACAGUUAUGAGUGGAAAGAGACCGGAGAAGCUCAGUCAGGUGUAAACUCUUUGGAAAAGAAAGAUGUUCCUGCCUGUGAUUCGAGAUGCAGUAGGCCUGCUUGUCAGAAACCAUUUAGCUGCUCUGAGUGUGGGAGAAGAUUUGGUCGCAAGUCACAUCUGAAGGGUCACAUGAUGAUCCACACAGGAGAGAAACCUUUCAGCUGCUCAGUUUGUGGUAAAAGAUUUGGGCGCAAGACACAUCUGAAGACUCACAUGCAGUCUCAUACAGGACAGAAACCUUUCAGCUGCUCAGUUUGUAAUAAAUCUUUUACACAGAGUAGUGGCUUAAAGAGCCACAUGUUAACCCACACAGGCGAGAAAGCUUUCAGCUGCUCACUUUGUAAUACAUCUUUUGCACAGAGAAGGGGUUUAAAGAGCCACAUGAGACGCCACACAGGAGAGAGACCUGUCAGCUGCAGCGUUUGUGACCAAAGAUUCACUUGGCAUUAUCAGCUCAGAAACCAUCAGCGUGUCUGUUGUCAGUCCUCACAGCUUCAUCAAAGACAAACUGAACAGAUGGAAACAGAAGCUGAUGGAGAGGACUGUGGAGGACCAGAACCAGCCAGGAACUCAGAUCCACAUAGACAUCCAGAACCCAAGACUGGAGACUACUGUGACAUUGAGAUGCAGUCAGAGGCACAUGUAGAGAUUUUGCUUACUGUGACGGGUGCCAGUGGCGGAUCUAGAAAAUUUGACAAGACUGGAGAGGAGGACAAGUCAUCCCUCCUUCAGGCCACAGAAAGCCUGAAGCUGACUCAGCAGGAAAAAGAGCAGCUGGGAGAGGACCGAGAGCACCAUGAGGUCCCAGCUGAUUGGAUAGUCCUUCAACCAAUCAGACCAACGAUCCGGGUGACGUACUUCGCAGAGCGACGCGAAAACUCCAGGCAAGAAACAUGCGAAACAUGUCAACAAACGUUGGUUUGUAGCAUUGAUCAGCGGUUUGCAGAAGCAGCGAUGGCAUCGAGCGAUUUUUGCAGGUUGUGCAAAAAAAACAUGAGAGUGAGUGGUAUUUACACCCACUCGUCCGAUUUGUUUGCUAAACUAAAGAAGCCACUGAGCAUCGUCGAGAGGUUAAAAGGAAUUGGAUUGACGGUCGUGCGAGAGACGGGUAAAUCAGAUAGAGUGUGCAAUCGGUGUGUAACAAUCAUAUCGCACUUGGAACACGAUCUGCCCCAUUACAGGAGAUGGGAAGAAGAGAACGGGGGAGCGACAUCUUCAUCCACCGGUAUCACUAGUGCUGAUGAGAGAGAACGGGAGCCUACUCCCACUAAAACUCCGAGGGAUGUCAACAAAUUGUGCCCUAACCCUUUGAGUCCUGGUGGAGCCACUAGGCCUACUGCACGGAGGAGCAGAACAGAGGUCAUCAUUAAUUAUCCGUCUCGAAAGAUUUCCAAGGUUUGUGAACCAGAAGAUGGUCUGAUAAUUAACCACAUCAAUAAAAAGAAUUGGAAAGGAGCUGCUAAGAGAAUCGUGGCACACAAGGAGCUUUUGGAACACUUAAAACCAUGCAUCCUUCAGCUCAUUCAGCGUGAAUGCACACUACUCUGCAGCCCAAAGGAGGGGUUCAUGCUUUGGAGGUCCUCACCUGGGGACCUGGCCUGUUUCUCAUUUUCUGCAUUAGAGGCAGAUCUCCAUCGCCUCUCUCCAUUCUUGCUGUCUGUGUUCAACACCAUUACCAACCACUCCCGCCUCACCACCUGUGCUGCAGCUGCCAUCGCCAUCAGAGGCAGACAGUCUCAUUUGUCUGCAUUUUCCCACUAUUUGAAUAUCAUCCUUUCAUAUGGUGGGUCAAAGAAGGCAGUGUUUAACAGGCUGUCCAAAAUGUCAAUCACCACCUCUCACAAAUGUGCAAUAGGAAAACAAAAAGAAUUAGCAAACACAUGUGCGACUCCUCUACUCCAGUUAAAGCAGCAAAAUGAACGCUUCCUGCACAUUGGAACAGUAGCGGGCAUUACUCAGACUCAACCAGAGGACACAACUGAUACAGAGAUGGCACUAAACAACAUCUUCAGCAGCCUGGAAGACCUUCAGUUCUCAGAUGUCCAGCAGCUGUCGGUGAGUAAAGAGGUUCCCCCUGAGCAGCGGGAGUGGAGCCCCAGUCUGGACCAGCAGCACCCAGAGGCCCCACACAUUAAAGAGGAACAGGAGGAACUCUGGAUCAGUCAGGAGAGAGAGCAGCUUCAAGGGCUGGAGGAGGCUGAUAUCACCAAGUUCCCAUUCACUCCUGUCCCUGUGAAGAGUGAAGAUGAUGAAGAGAAACCUCAGCCCUCACAGCUUCAUCAAAGACAACCUGAACAGAUGGAAACAGAAGCUGAUGGAGAGGACUGUGGAGGACCAGAACCAGCCAGGAACUCAGAUCCAGAUAUAGAUUUACAUAUAAAUACUGAAGACCAGACUGGAGACUCUUCUGAACCUGAGACUGAUGACAGUUAUGAGUGGAAAGAGACCGGAGAAGCUCAGUCAGGUUUAAACUCUUUGGAAAAGAAAGAUGUUCCUGCCUGUGAUUCGAGAUGCAGUAGGCCUGCUUGUCAGAAACCAUUUAGCUGCUCUGAGUGUGGGAGAAGAUUUGGCUGCAAGUCACAUCUGAAGGGUCACAUGAUGAUCCACACAGGAGAGAAACCUUUCAGCUGCUCAGUUUGUGGUAAAAGAUUUGGGCGCAAGACACAUCUGAAGACUCACAUGCAUUCUCAUACAGGACAGAAACCUUUCAGCUGCUCAGUUUGUAAUAAAUAUUUUGCACGGAGUGAUUAUUUGCAAUUACACAUGAGAACCCACACAGGAGAGAGACCUUUCAGCUGCUCACUUUGUAAUACAUCUUUUGCACAGAGUAGGGGUUUAAAGAGCCACAUGAGACGCCACACAGGAGAGAGACCUUUCAGCUGCAGUGUUUGUGACCAAAGAUUCACUUGGCUUCAUCAGCUCAGAAACCAUCAGCGUGUCUGUUGUCAGUCCUCACAGCUUCAUCAAAGACAAACUGAACAGAUGGAAACAGAAGCUGAUGGAGAGGACUGUGGAGGACCAGAACCAGCCAGGAACUCAGAUCCACAUAGACAUCCAGAACCUAAAGCUGAUGACAAGACUGGAGACUCUUCAGAACCUGAGACUGAUGACAGUGAGGAUCAGGAGGCGACCACCUCAGUCAGGGUUACCGGUAAACACUCAACAAAAUAAUGAAAUCCCAGUGCCAGACACUUAUUACUGACAAAGAAAUAGUUGAGCUACUCUGAGUGGGGAAGGAGAUUUGUCCUCAGAAAUCUGAAGAGAUACAAGACUAUAGGUUUACUGUCCACGCAGGGGACUACCUGCAGUCACGUUUCAAAGUGUGAUUUCUAAAGCAGCGGUGAUGAAACUGCUGGUUCAGAUGAAACUAGACUGGAGGACUAUCAGCCGUGGACGGACAAUCAGCCGUGGACGGACAAUCAGCCGUGGACGAAAUGUAGUCUUAUUAAACAGGACAGAUCAUUCAUGUUAAAGUCAGAUCUAACUCAGGAUGGACGGAGUCUGCAGAAUAAUCACCGGC